CUGCUCUGCUCACAGCUGCGACCCGUCUUAUCCUUCUGCACCGCUCUUGCUUCCUUUGCUCAAAUAUUCGUCUACAGCACCAUUUGUGGCCUAUCUAUAUAACAUAACCAUGACGACCGCUACUAUCACCGAAAGCAUGCUCACGCGUGAGCGUAUAUUGCGUCUGUUCCCCGACGUCGCCGCCAACGAUGUCGAGAAGCCCGAUAAUCAGAGCGGGCCCGAGUUGGAAGGCUACGACGAAGAGCAGGUUCGUCUCAUGGAAGAGGUCUGCAUUGUCUUGGACUGGAACGAUGUGCCCUGCGGCAGUGCCAGCAAAAAGACUUGCCAUCUUAUGACGAACAUCGACAGCGGACUCCUUCACCGGGCGUUCUCGGUCUUCCUUUUCAACGAUGAAAACAAGCUUCUUCUCCAGCAGAGAGCGGAUGAAAAAAUUACGUUUCCUGGCAUGUGGACGAAUACCUGCUGCUCUCAUCCGCUCUCGAUCCCUGGUGAGAUUGGACACGACCUCCCGACGUCAAUCAUGGGCGUAAAGCGAGCCGCUCAGAGAAAGCUUGAUCAGGAGCUUGGAAUUCCGGGAUCGGAGGUUCCAGUCGACAACUUCCAUUUCCUUACUCGUAUUCACUACAAAGCUCCAAGUGAUGGUAUUUGGGGAGAGCACGAAAUUGAUUAUAUUCUGUUCAUCAAGUCCACUCCGUCCGUCGCCGCAAACCCCAACGAGGUCAAAGACACGAAAUAUGUCACUGCCGAUGAAUUGAAAGCGAUGUUCAAAGACGACAGCCUUACCUUCACACCCUGGUUCAAGCUUAUCUGCGAGACAUAUCUCUUUGGUUGGUGGUCCGAUAUCGACAAUGUUACCUCUUUUCAUGAAGAUAGCAUCAGACGUCUUCUGUAAGCUCAUUUACAGCGUCUCUGUUCGAUUGGCGGCGUCGAUCGCCGUUUUGUUUUAUAUUUCAUAAAACCAUAUAUUUAGGAUGCUUCCGGCUGCAAACUGUUUUCUGCCGUCAGUUUAUACAUGGGUCUAAGUGGCAAAAAAGUUCUUUCGAUUUUGAAUAGAAUGCAUCUCUGAUCAUCGUCUACUUUUUGUGGAUCUGAAUGAGAGGUCAAACUGAGUUAUACUCUACUACUGGAGACUAUGAGACGAACUUGUUUGGCAGAAGAUGAUGUGUGCUUCUUUCCUUCUUCUGUAUUUUUAAUUUUAUCUGGUGAUGUUUUUUCAUGGCCUCAUCAUGCUGAGCUUCAACCAGAUACCAUAAGAUAAUUGUUGUAUUGUCAAAUUGUCUUGUUCUAUUGAUUUUUAUUGUCUUUGUUUGUACCAUCUAGAGUGUGCACGUUGCCACCGAUUAA